GUAUAACGAACUUUGGACGAGGGUCGUUCAAUCAUCCAUUUUUCUUGCAUCUUUCGCCGUUUAUCUUUCUUCGGAAAGACUGGUCACGUCAGAUGAGAUUGAGUCAAUGUUAGGCGUCAGGGUCAAUUUGAAAAAUGACCUACAAGACUUUCACAUCUCUCUUGACGAAUUUCUUCAUGGAUAUAUCAUGUUGACCAAUGAACUGUCACGGCUUGCAAUCAACUCUGUAACGCUUGGAGAUUAUGAUAGACCUCUGCGAAUUUCGAAAUUUGUUAAAGAACUAUAUAUGGGAUUUCAGUUAUUGAAUUUGAAGAAUGAUUCUUUGAGGAAAAAAUUUGAUGGAAUCAAGGCAAGCUCAAAAUUGAAAUUUGCAUUCGACUAUUUUUUUUAUUGCUAUUUUUUGAAGUUAUUCUCCCUUGCCAUUUUGUAUAAAGUACAAUAUCAAGAAGAUUGA